AGGUGAUGAGGGUGCUGGUUCGGUGCUGCUGGGGACGCGGGCUAGCGGCGGGCGACGCGGGCGCGGGGUGCAGCCCCGGUUCCCCAUGGCGGGCGCUGUGCGCUGCUGGCGGGAAGGACGGCCGGGCCGCCCGAGUGCGCGAGAAGCCGCCCUGGCGAGUGCUUUUCUUCGGCACAGACCAGUUUGCCCGCGAGACGCUGCGGGCGCUGCACGCCGCCAGGGAAAACAAAGCAGAGGAGUUAAUCGAAAGGCUGGAGGUGGUGACGGUGCCCAGCCUGUCCGCGAGGGGACUGCCAGUCAAGCAGUUUGCUGAACAGUCUCAGCUUUUGGUUCACGAGUGGCCGGAAGUGGGCUCUGGAGACUAUGACGUGGGUGUGGUGGCUUCGUUUGGCCGGCUUUUGAGUGAGGAUCUUAUUCUUAAAUUUCCCUAUGGUGUCCUCAACGUCCAUCCCAGUUGCCUCCCGAGGUGGCGUGGUCCAGCUCCCAUCAUCCACACUGUGCUUCACGGAGACACAGUCACUGGAGUGACCAUUAUGCAAAUCAGACCUAAAAGGUUUGAUAUAGGCCCAAUUCUCAAACAGGAAACAGUUCCUGUGCCACCGAAGGUCACUGCAAAGGAACUGGAAACUGCGUUGUCAAGACUGGGCGCCAGCAUGCUGAUUUCAGUUUUGAAGAAUCUACCUGAAAGUGUGAAAAGCGGGAAGCCUCAGCCCACGGAGGGCGCCACCCAUGCCCCUAAAAUAUCUGCUGGUAUUGGCUGUGUAAAAUGGGAAGAACAAACUUCAGAACAAAUACUCAGACUUUACCGUGCCAUCGGAAGUAUAGUUCCGUUGCAGACACUCUGGAUGGAUACCGUCGUCAAGCUUCUGGAUUUGGUAGAAGUUGAGAGUUCAGUCCUCACCGAUGCAAAGUUAACUGGACAGGCUGUCAUUCCAGGGUCUAUAAUAUACCACAGAAAGUCACAGAUACUCCUGGUCGGUUGCAAGGAUGGCUGGGUCGGUGUUCAGUCAGUGAUCCUCAGGAAAAGACUAACAGCUACUGAUUUCUACAAUGGUUAUUUGCACUCCUGGUACCAGAAAAAUUCCCAGGUUCAACCAAGCCAGUGCAGAUUUCAGACUCAGACUCCCAAAAAAUAAGCAGGGGACAAAAAUUGUGGCUCUGCAGCAGUCCAGUAAGUACUUCGGAAGAAGAUGGACAGGACCUUCUGCAUAUGUGGAACAUGUC